GUUAUGAUCCUUUUUCAACUUAUAUUCAUAAUUACAAACAUAGAGCGGACUGGUUCUAUUAGGCGAGCUGCAUUACAGACGCCUUCAUAUAUGAUUGUGGAAAUUCUAAAAUGUACGGAAAGAUAAGUUCGCUAUGGAUAAGUUUAUUGAUGUCAUUGAUAUUGUUUUGUGGUGAGAUACAUGUAAGAGCUUACUUGGGCAUAAAUUGGGGGAGGAUGGCAACACAAAAGUUUGUUCCAUCAAUGGUUGUGGAUUUACUCUUACAAAAUGGAAUCCCAGAGUUGAGACUUUUUCAACCGAGUUUUAAUGUUCUUGAUGCUUUUGCUGAAACCAAUAUUGGGCUCGGCAUCACCUUACAAGAGAACUUUUUAAGAAAUAUUGUCGAGCAAAAACAAAUGGACGAUUAUAUUCAUGAACGUGUCAAGGUUUAUACAGACCAAGGAGUUAAAUUCAGGUAUGUGUACGUGGGGAACGAACCCUUUACGAAGUCAUUAUAUAUGAAAAAACAAUUUAAUGGUACUAUCCGUUACCUGAAGAUGGCGAGAGAUGCCCUUGAUAAAUUCAACCUCCCAGAUGUCAAAGCAACAACUCCUCAUUUCACGGACAUCUUAACAAAUGUGAGCAAGCCAUCUGAAGGUGAUUUUCGAGAAGACAUAAAGGGGAAAAUGUUGGAAUUUCUUGAUUGCAUUAACAGAACUGGUGCCCCUCUCUUUAUCCAUAUCUUCCCAAUCUAUUCGGUUAAUCUAUACGGAUUUGAUGUGGACUUUGCUUUCUUUGAUAACAAAUCCAAGUUCAAAGUCGUAGAUGGCAAGAACACGUAUACUAAUCUCUUUGCUUUCAUAUACGAUACACUUGUUUCUGCUCUAGCAAAGGCAGGUUAUGGUGAUAUGGAGAUUGUUGUCGGACAAAUUGGUUGGCCUACAGAUGGAUAUGCGAGUGCAAGUGAAAAAAAUGCUGAAAGAUUUUAUCGCGGCCUUCUUCAAUAUAUUGCUAAGAAGGAGGGAACUCCACUACGCCCAAAUAGAGAUAUAGAUAUGUAUCUCCUUGGCUUAACAGAUGAGAAUAUGGUUGUUACAGAUUAUGGACCUUAUCAACGACAUUGGGGUAUCUAUAAACACGAUGGUGUUCCCAAGUAUAAAAUUGAUUUCACGUUGCAAGACCGAGAUAUCAAACCUUCCGUUGCCAAAGGUACUGUGCGAAUGCCAAACAGAUGGUGUGUGUUUGAUGGUAAAACGGAUCACAAUGAGACUCUAGUGUUGAAAGAUUACGACUUUGCCUGUGCGAAAUCAGACUGCAGUGCGUUUGGCGCUGGUGCAACGUGUGAUCACCUCAGUUUCACAGAGAAGGUGUCUUAUGCAUAUAAUAUGCUUUACCAAAUGGGUAAUCAAGAUAUGAAGAAAUGCAAAUUGUUAGGAGCAACGUUGACAACAAAUAAUCCUUCCACUCCAGACUGUGAUUUCCCAAUUGAGAUCUUAACUGCAGAGGUGGUGAAUAGUGGAUCUGGAUUAACCAAGAAAUACUAACCAACACGUGCUUCUCAACUUACUCUCAUGUAUGAUGUACAUACUCCAUGAUUUUGAGUAUGCUAGCUCUAUGAAUUUUUGAUAAAUCUAUAGAAUUGUUUGUUGGUAAAUUAAUCAUGUUACUCUCA